GAAUGGGCCGAGAGAAUGCCCCUAGCUAAAUGCGAAGAGUAAACAUUCAAGCAUUUAAUACGAAAACCUGGAAACAGUUAUUUUAAUUUCAGGAAAUUCUUUCCCUUACUAAUGUUUUUCCCUCACACAAACAGCAAACAGCUAUUGACAUGCAGUAGGUUUCGUCACACACGGGAAAACAGCUUUCACGGACCUGAAAACAAAUUUUAACUCGCAACUAAUAUUUCGUUUAAAGGCUGCAAAAAUCUUGUUUCGAGCUCAAGAAUCUGGGUUUCGUAACAUUUUUCCUGCAAACUUUGGGCUUUAUUUUUUCUCGUCAUCGUUGACAGCACGACACGAUUUGUGUAGAAUUUUAAGGUGUAACAAAAUACUUUGGCAUGUGGAAAAUCCUGAAUGAAUUAAGGAUGAGGGAUAAUAAUAGUUGGAUUCAGAGAAAAUAAGAUAAUGGCAUUCUCUUAAUUUCCUAUCGGCACAUCCCUUGCACCUUCUAUGCAAGUGCUAGUUUAUCAAGACACUCCUUUGGUUGUCUCAACUCACUUCUUGCUGUUGGAGGAGCUAUAUUCCAGCAUUAUUCAAAUUCUCUCAAGGAGAGUGAAAAAAAAGCUAUGGUUCUGUUUGUUGGAACAAAUAUGUUCGGCACCUCUAUUUUGAUGCUAUGGGAUUAUAUCUAGCAAAAUAAAAAUCCUGUCUUUCCUUCUCCUCAUUGCCAUUGCAGCCGGAUGUCUGUGGACUCUGUGUGUGUGUGUGCGCGUGCACAUAGAUACAUGCCUGUACAAAUAUGCAUGUAUUUACCGUGAGGAGCAAGUGGACAGUUCUGGAAACUGUAGCAUUAACUUCCAAUCCACUAGAAAAGACAUCAGAGUGGUCGUUGUUCUCUCUAAUGGCGGGAGUAUUUGGAGGUCCAUACACAUCCAUGCCUGGUCAAACACAGAAUGCUGGGCAGAUAAAUGGUCAAUCAAUUAUUGGUGGGAACAGUGGCAGUGCAGCUGGCAAUGCUUCUUUCUCUCACUUAGCUGGCAUGUCUAAGAAUCAGCUUUAUGAUGUCAUGUCCCAAAUGAAGGUUCUCAUUGAACAAAAUCAACAGCAAGCUCGUCAGAUAUUGGUUGCAAACCCAAUGCUGACAAAAUCUCUGUUUCAGGCACAGAUAAUGCUUGGUAUGGUGCGGCCUCCACAAGUGAUGCCUAACAUUCAACAGUCCCUCACUCAAUCUCCUCAACAACAGAUGCAGACUGGCCAACAGGGACAUGUUCAACCCAGGCAGCAGGGCCAGACAAAUCCAGUGCAGAUUCAACCACAACCCCGGCAGCAGUCACAGAUGCAUGUGGGGCAGCAUGGUCAGGUGCCAGUGACAACACAGUCACAACCCCAAAGUGCAAUGCAGCAACCAUCACAACGGCCCCAACACAUUCCUCCGCAUCCUCUAAUGCAAGCAGGCCAACAAUCUCAGCCUCACAUGCCACGUCAACCAACAUCACAACCUGUGCAGCAACCAUCUCAGGGUCGGAAUUUGCCGAUGCAUCUACCCAUACAUUCUGCUCCACAAAAUUUGCCAAUGCAGCCUCAACUUCCUACAGUUCUCUCAGGUCAACCUCAACAUACUUUAAGCCAAUCGAGUGCUGGGAUUCAUCAACCAAUGCAGCCACCAUUGCCACAACAGCCAAGACCUCCUCUUCAGCCACCUAUGCAUCAACUGCAGAAUCAGCAGGCUCAGAACAUUGGUUUUCAGCCAUCAGUUGUUCCACAGCAACCACAGUCUCAAACUAAGUUUCAGCACUCAGGAAGCAAUGCACAAUCAGGCAUGGGGGCUCCUUUCCAGCCACAUGCCCAGCCUCCACUGCCAAGCCAUCCACCUCCACAGCAACUGUAUCAGAUGAAUUCAGGGAGUGUGGUUGGGCCUGUUUCACAUUCUGGAUCAGACAUCAGUGGUCAUAGUAUGGGGCAUGGUAACCUGCCAGCUGUGGGCCAUGGGAUCCAAACUGGAAGAGGACCUAACAUGGGUCAAGGCUUGAGUGGCAUGGGCCCUGCUGCAUCAUGGCCGCCAGUUCCUCCUGAAGGGGUUACCAACAGUGUUAGUGGAUCUCAGCCUUCAACCAUUCAAACAGGGAUGGGAGGGCCAACAGGUUUAGGUGGGGGUAUGAUAGGAGGCACGAGUGAAUCUGGUGGACCAUCUACUGGAAAUAUUGGAAGUGGAAUGAAUACUGGACCUCCAGAUGUUGCAGGAUCUAAUCUUGUUCGUUCUCAUGGAAUUAGUGAAAUGCAAACUCAAGCAGUGCCACAGCAGCAGCAACAAAUUUCUCAUAUGCAGUUAUCACCUGAUCAGGAGAAAGCCUUACUGCAACAAGUGAUGAGCCUCACACCUGAACAGAUAAAUUCUUUACCUGUGGAACAAAGACAACAAAUACUCCAGUUGCAGCAAAUGUUUCGUGGAUCUACAAGCAAUUGACAGGACAAAGAAAUUCUGACUCUGCCUAUUUAACAGUGCAGUAAAUACUAAAGUACAAACCCCCUCAGAACUGAACCAGCAACUUGGAUGACAAAUUCAAUGGUUGUGAACUCGAGGAUUUGAUUCUUGGCUCCCCAAAAUUUGUGAUUGAAUGUGCUGCAAUAUUUUACCAUGUAGAAAUACAGGAAUUAGGUCUGGCUCUGCAAUGUGUGGCAAAUUCCAUAAUUUAAUUUGAAUGCUCAAAAGGAAUGUUCUUUA